ACUUGGAAGACCAAAAUGAGGCACAAUCAGAUGUGCUGUGAGACACCACCUACUGUCACUGUUCAUGUAAAAUCAGGGCCAAAUAGAUUAUAUCAGCCUAAAAAAACCAUGAAUCUGAAGCGUCCUGUUUUUAAAGAUAGUUGGCAAGCGUCUGAAAAAAGUACACACAAUAACAACAAAUCGAAACGCCCCAAAGGACCUUGUCUAGUUAUACAGCGUCAGGAAAUGACUGCUUUCUUUAAGUUAUUUGAUGACGAUUUAAUUCAAGAUUUCUUGUGGAUGGACUGCUGCUGUAAAAUUGCAGACAAGUAUCUUUUGGCUAUGACCUUUGUUUAUUUCAAGAGAGCUAAAUUUACUAUAAGUGAGCAUACCAGGAUAAAUUUCUUUAUUGCUCUGUAUCUGGCUAAUACAGUUGAAGAAGAUGAAGAGGAAUCCAAGUAUGAAAUUUUUCCAUGGGCUUUAGGGAAAAAUUGGAGAAAAUUGUUCCCUAAUUUCUUAAAGUUAAGGGACCAACUCUGGGAUAGAAUUGACUGUAGGGCUAUUGUAAGCAGGCGAUGCUGUGAGGAGGUUAUGGCCAUCGCUCCAACCCAUUAUAUCUGGCAGCGAGAACGCUCUGUUCAUCACAGCGGUGCUGUCAGGAACUACAACAGAGAUGAAGUCCAGCUGCCCCGGGGUCCAAGCGCCACACCCGUAGAUUGCUCGCUUUGUGGUAAGAAGGGAAGAUACGUGAGACUGGGGUUGUCUUCAUCAUCGUCUUCAUCUGGUGACGUGGCAGAGGUGAUGGAAAGGCGUUCUCAGGAGUCACACAGCUCACUCUCCAUGGACGUGACCGCUGCCCCUCCUGCAGAUGGCUGUUCUCAAGGUAUGAAUGAGUGGCGUGCCAGAACCAGAGGCAGCCAGCCCUUGCAGGCAGGGAUGCGCCACACGGCCUGUGCACCAUGGCAUGAGUUGCACUAGCAACGAGUUUCCCUCUGCAGGUUGUACUUUUUGUCUUGCGUCCAUAUCUGUUUUAUGGUAGCCUACCUAAACAGAUUUUUUGAUGGGACUUUUGCUAAAUUGGAAUCGUAUGCACCGUGAGCCUCAAGUAUUUUAAGAACCCAAACCAUGGUUUUGAAGUGUUUAUUUUAUUCAAAAGGGAUUUCAAAAAGACAAUAAAUGUCCUUGUAGUCUCA